ACACACACACACACACACACACACACAGUGGUUGAGUGACAGUGGGCCAGAACCAUGAGGAACCUGUGAGGAACCGGUGAGAAGGUCAACAAAGCAGCUGAAGGAGAAGAGGCACGUAUAAGAGUGAGCCAGCGUCGAGGAGGGAAAGGUGCAGCGUGUUGCGUUCAAGUCCAUCCAGGAAGGAGGAAGAAGAAGAGCAAUUGGAUUGUGAAAAGGUCCUCAGGAUAAUCUCGUCAGCAAGUCAACACCACGGUCAGUAUGGCCCCCAAGAAGAAGACCCCCCGGCAGAGAAAGGUCACGUCUCAAGCCGCCAGCCAGGUCACCACGGAGAGCCCCCCCGUCCCCCUGAAGGUGGAGCACCGUGGCAACGGCGUGGUGGUGGUGGAGAGUGCGGCUAAGAAGAUCGAGCAGAUGGCUGCGCUGGACAUCGCGCAGCUAAACAGCCUCAACCUGCCCCUGCCGCCACCCGUCCUCAAGCCCGGCGAGAGAGGUCUGGGUCUGGGCAGCGAGCUGACACGGCCUCUGCACGGCAACGCUCUGCUGGAGGAGCUCAGCAAGAUGCGGCAGGAGAAGUUCUUGACUGAUCUGGAGCUGGGCUGCAAGACUAAGUCCUUUGACGUCCACAAGCUGGUCAUCUCCUCCAUCAGUCAAUAUUUCCGGGAGAUCCUGGCCAAAGAUCCUGACAUGAAGCGGCUGGAGCUCCCGUCCCUCUCACCUCUCGGUCUGGCCAACGUGAUCACCUUCGCCUACCUGGGCCGCGUGCACAUGUCGCUCUACACCAUCGGAUGCACCGUGUCGGCCGCCGCCACGCUGCAGAUCCCCCAACUCCUGAAGAUGUGCGUGGACUUCCUGCUGGCCGAGCUCAACGUGCAGACGUGCGUGUACGUCUGGAACAUCGCUGGCGCCUACGGCCUGCCGUCCGUGUGCGACGCCGCCCGCCGCUUCGUGUUAGACAACUUUGUGCAGUUCGCAGAGACGCCGCUGUUCACCCAGCUGACCCUGGAGCAGAUCUGCGCCUUCCUGCAGGACGACUCGUUGGUGCUGCCCUCGGAGGUCGCGGCCUUCCAGCUGGCCAUGAAGUGGCUGGACUUUGACGCCACCCGCCAGUCUCAUGCCGCCGCCCUCCUCUCCCACGUGCGCUUGGAGACCAUCCCGGCCUGUGAGUUGGUGAGCCAGAUCCAGCCUGUGCCACGCAUGAUGCUGGACCCGCAGUGCCACCGCCUUUUGGUGGACGCCAUGAACUACCACCUGCUGCCCCACCAGCAGAACACGCUGCAGUCCCGCCGCACGCAGGUCCGCGCCAGCUACCAGACCUUGCUCACUGUUGGCGGCCGGCCCUCGCUCACCGAACGCGCCCUCAGUCGCGAGGUGCUGUGGCGGGACCCCCGUGAGGGUGGAGCGGCCUGGCGCCACCUGACCCAGCUGCCAGCGAAGAGCUUCAAUCAGUGCGUGGCGGUGAUGGACGGCUUUCUGUAUGUGGCGGGCGGCGAGGACCAGAACGACGCUCGUAACCAGGCCAAGCACGCCGUCAGCACCCUCAGCAGGUACGACCCCCGCUUCAACACCUGGCUCCACCUGGCUAGCAUGCGUCAACGCCGCACACAUUUCUCACUGACAGCCAGCAGGGGGCGCCUGUUUGCCAUCGGGGGCCGAAAUGUAGAGGGCCUCCUGGCCACCACCGAAAGCUACCUGCCCUCCUCCAACAGCUGGCAGAUGCGUGCCCCUAUGGAGGUGCCGCGCUGCUGCCAUGCCAGCGCCACCCUCCCCUCUGGAGACCUCCUGGUGAGCGGCGGCUACAUCAACUGCGCCUACUCCCGCUCUGUGGCAUGUUACAGCGUGGAGAGCGACACCUGGGCGGAGAAGCCCUCCAUGGAGACGCCCCGCGGCUGGCACUGCUCUGCCACGCUGAGCGGGAAAGUGUAUGUGGUGGGGGGGAGCCAGCUGGGGCCCGGUGGGGAGAGGGUGGAUGUGCUUACCGUGGAGGUCUUCUCCCCGGAGGGUGAGGGCGCGUGGAGCCGGGCUGCCCCGCUAUCGCUGGGCGUGAGCACGGCGGGGCUGUCGCCGCUAGCCGACAAGCUGUACCUGUUGGGGGGGUGGAACGAGGCGGAGAAGCGCUACAAGUCCGCCGUCCAGACCUACAAUCCGACCACUGACAGCUGGUCCUGGGCGGAAGACCUGCCUGAGCCCACAGUAGGCGUGUCCUGUUGCACGCUGUCACUGCCGCCUCGCCACGCCCCACGCCGCCAGCAGCACCGCAACACACCGGGCCAUGAGGAGCACCAGCAGGCUGGGAAGAACCGGAGCAGAGAGAACAGUGUGGCCCCGGCCCAAAGCAUCACGGCUUAGAGGGGCCGGGACUGGAGAACAUCUGGAUCACGUCUGUCCACAAGAGUCACCAUUGAUGGUUUCCCAUUUUAAAUAACAAGUGAAUGGAGGCUCUAAUCCAAUCAAGUUACGGGUUCAAUUUCAAGUACGGGUGAA